AUGCGCGCCGCCCACGCCCACGACAACAUUGUCGCGAUAUACCUGUACCGGUGUGCACGCAGUCUGCCCUUGGUCCCCGUCCCCGUGUGCGCCCAGCUCGAGCACGCCCUGCAUCCCCAAGACUCGCUGCCCACGCUCCUUGCCGCGAUUGUCGUGAUUGUGUUCGUCGUCCCCACCACCAUCGACAUGGCACCUGGGGAGGUGGAUGCAGGCGACGACAGAGUCGCGACGCCGACCCUAAUCUCACCGCCAGAGUCGAAGACGCCCCCAACCGCACAUCACAAGCGCACUCAAUCUCUUGGUACAGUGGCGCAUGACCGGAAUUCGGAGCCUGUGGACGGAUCCAUAUUAACCAAAGCCUUAGAGCAGCUGGAGCAUGCUGGCCGACCCUCUGUACUGACGCGCAAACAUGCCGCUAACUCAAUCCCAGAUUCAUUCCAAAUCGUGCCGGUCAAGAUCUUCAAGCCAGCUUCAAUCUUCUCCACGAAGAUGCAUCACCAGCAACCCCUUCAAGAGCUCGGCGCACGCCUCACAACGAGCUGCACUUCCAAAAGAUGCGAAUAUGCGAAGAUCAGGGCGCUCACAUACUCCCCCAACAAGGUCUGCAGCAUCAUUACCGCCCCCUUCAGGAACCCCAUCAACCCCUCACAAGAACCUCUUUUCCUACUCUGGCCAGCCAACACCAUCGCGGACACCGUCAAGUCGGCAUGGCGUGCUCAACUUGAAUGCACGCUCAGAGCUCUACAGCCUAUCACCAAUAAAGUACAGCAGUCAACGCAUGCUGCUCAGUCCGCAACGAGCACCUCGGGCCGUUUCCAAGAUGAUUUCUAUCUCAAUCUUGUCGACUGGGGCAGCCAAAACAUCCUCGGUGUUGGCCUGGGAUCAUGCGUCUACAUGUGGAACUCAAGUAGUGGUCGUGUCACCAAGCUUUGCGAAUUGGGCGAUGACUCAGUGACCAGCGUGAAUUGGAUUCAACGCGGCUCCCAUAUUGCCAUUGGCACGAACCGAGGUCAGGUCCAAAUUUGGGACGCCCAAACACAGCGUCGCCUUCGCACUAUGAUGGGUCACACAGCUCGUGUUGGUGCACUUGCAUGGAACGAGCACAUUCUGACUUCUGGCUCGAGAGAUCGCACCAUCUACCACCGCGAUGUGCGACAACCUGACCAGUGGCUUCGAAAGCUCGUUGGCCACAAGCAGGAGAUCUGUGGUCUUAAGUGGAAUCAUGAAGAUCAACAGCUUGCUUCCGGAGGAAACGAUAACAAGCUCAUGGUAUGGGACAAGCUCAACGACGAGCCUACCUACAAAUUCAGUGAACACCAAGCAGCUGUCAAGGCCAUUGCAUGGAGUCCGCACCAGCGUGGUCUUCUUGCAAGUGGUGGUGGUACCGCAGAUCGCACGAUUAAGUUCUGGAACACAUUGAUAUCGUCCAGCGGUCCCUCGGCAUCUUCCCUUGCUGCUGCAUCAGUAGCUGCAUCAGCAUCAGCAACAAGCAACAUUCCGAUCCCCCCAACGGCGCCAGCGAACCUCAUCAGCAGUCUUGACACUGGCAGCCAAGUCUGUAACCUCGCAUGGUCGAAGAACAGCAACGAAAUCGUCUCAACUCACGGUUACAGCCAGAACCAGAUCAUUGUCUGGAAAUACCCAAGCAUGCAGCAAGUCGUGUCGUUGACGGGUCAUACCUACCGCGUACUCUAUCUAGCUAUGAGCCCGGACGGUCAGGUCAUCGUUACUGGUGCCGGCGACGAAACACUUCGCUUCUGGAACGCUUUCAAGAAAAAGGAGCGCACCGGCGGUCUGAGCAGCAUGGACAGUUGGGGCGUCAUUCGCUGA